AUGGAUACCGAAAGAUCAGAACUAGCUAAACACAUCGCACAGACUGGACAUGAGAUCAAUUGGAAGGCAACAGAAAGAAGAGCCCCAUACGGUAACAACACAAAGAAGCGGAAGAUUAGGGAGGCCCUUGACCUGCUUGAGGAGAAAAAUCUAAUGAACAGAAGAUUGAAGAAAGAUAGAGUUAGUGAUAAUUUUGCCUACUGCCCAAGCAAACUCGGGUAA